CCCGUCGCAAGAGAAAAACGCGGUGGUAAUUCAUUGAACUUGAAAAGAAGAUCUGAAUCCGAAAUCACUUCAGCUCUUCCAUCAUCCUCCUCUUCUCAUUCUCCAAGCCCCUCAGCUUCCUCCCCAAACACUGCAAGAGAGAUCUAGAGGCAACAAAUCUUCUUGAUGGAGCUUUAGAGGUGACAGAUCUGUUCAUAGAUCUCUCUGGUGUUCCUGCUCGUGUUUGUUGCCAUAAUUGGAACCAGCACGGCCUCGAAGAUGACAAUCUCGUAGGGCUUUUACCAGAAUAGAAGUCUCUGGUGUUUCUGCUCAUGUUUGUUGGCAUCGUCUGAACGCGCCACCACAAACCGUGCACCGCUCGUCGUGCACUGGUGGCCUCCACGAGGGGUUGAAGUCUUGAACCCUAAGUAGGGAAAACUGUUGAUUCUUACAGAGAGUCGUAGAUACACCUGCGAAGAAGAGGCGAAGUAAAUUUAGGAAGGUCUUGGAAAUUCGAGGUACAGAGGCAUGGAAUUUUGUAAACUACAACCAUUGAAGGCACGAAUUUGAUCUGAUUUCACGAAGGCCGAAUCGAAAACGAGAAAUUGUAGACUCCAAAUUGGUAAAAUCUCAAUUCUUAAAAUCAUCUCAAACCCAAUUUCUAAACCCUAAACUCCAAAUUGGUAAAUCUCUCUUCUUUUUCUGAAGUGGGUUGCUUAUGUAGUGGCUUCAGUGGGGGUUUUCCCAAUACUACUGUUAUAGUCUUGUGAAAUUUUCUUUUGUUACAGUCUUGCAGAAUUUGUAUUAUCCAUUGAUUUUGAUUUUAAUUUAUUAUAUUCUUAGGUUUCUGACUCUCCUUUUGUUGACAUUAUAUUGAGAGUCUAAUUUGUUCUUGUCAAUUUUAUUUAGAGGUCCAAUUGAUCUGCAUGCUCAUUUGUGAAAUUCUUGAAGCUUUUUUUUUAUUGGUUGUUUUGUGAAAUCUGCUUUGAGGUUCUUAACAGGAAUACUUUGACAAAACUUUAUUUAUUAUGGUACACUAUUUUGACAAAACUUAUCUACCACAUUUGGUGUAACAAGUUGUUUCAACACAUGUAAGACUGCAAGUCAAAUUCCGCAGCAAGGAUGGAACAAACAGAUACAUAUCAACAUCCACUUUAGAUAGGUAACAACAAUGGCAGACUUAUUUUUUAGCUUCUUUAGUGUCCAUGGCAGGAAAACCAUAAAUCAAUGUAUUUGGGUGCUCUUUUCCUUCUUUGUUUAUGGUACUUGGAUGCUCUUUUGCUACAUGGUGUCCUUGCGAUUUGUUUCCUUGGUUCUACACUCAUCAACCAGUCCUGCUUCAGCUGUUCAUCCAAUGUUUCAUAAGAAUUCCACUGCAGCUCUUUCUGACCAACAGCUCUUUCUGACCAACCUCCUUGUUACUGACCUGGAAUAUGAUUAUUUAAUUUUCACCGACUGGGUGAAAGUUGUGUAGUAGCUUGAGCCCAAAGGACUUAAAAGAGCUUCCUUGAUUUCCCUAAGGAGUAAGGAUUCUACCUCAAGAGUUAUGGUGCUGGUUUAAGUUGUUUUGAAAUGAGAGUUAAGUUGUCUACACCUGCCCAUUAUAUAUAUUUAUGAUUUUUCUUUGAUUAUAUAGUUGAACACUUUGUAUAUGCGCAAGUUGCUUUACAGUUUUUUAUAUUGUAGAGGACAUCAAUCCCAUCUUUGCCAUGAUUCACUGUAUUAUGUUUAUAACAAGCUUUUUUAUUUUACUGCAUAUAUAUAACAAGUUAUUGAUUGCCUUCAAGAAUUCAAGUUGAUUUCGUUUGUGCUCAAUUUGAAUAUUUGUCUCUCUCGUUAAACUCUAAAAUCUAACCUUUUUAUUAGUUGUUUAUCUCUAAGUGAUCAAGUUUACACAACUGCGGUUACAGCUUUUAGUAACAUUUAAUGGGAAAACACAUAAAAACGUUGUGGAAAACACAUAAAAAUGUUGUCAAUUAUUAUUAAAAAAUUACUUUUUAAUUAUGUUAUUCACGCAAAGACUUUCAAAAUUAAGAAAAGAAAAUAUUUGUUAUUUCAGGUCUUGACUUGUUGUGAGAGAGUGGUGGAUGGAAAAAUGAAUAGAUAACAGACUAACAUUAACUAACAUUACUUCACACCAAACCCAUCAUCCGCACCGCACUGCCACUCAUCAUCGACCCACCCUUUCCCAACUUUGCGGAGCAGAGGGAGUUGCCGACACCACCCAUCACCUGUUCUCGUUUUGCCUAACGAUGGUGUCGUAGGCGACGUUGCCAUUAUCGUCGACAGUGACAGGAAGGAUUUUGGAUCCAGGUGCAGAGACAAAACGAGAAAGCUACAUGGUGCUUUGAUUCUGCUAUGGAACAUUGAGGCAAAGCUCAGCAUCUAAAACCCUGUAACUGUGAGGCUAUAGUCUCUUGCUUGCACCUUUGCAGUGAGAGUGAUGUCUUUUAUACCACGGUGAUUCGGUGAACGGAGAAAAUGCUCUUUGCGCCUUGAAGUUCAAAUACCCUUCAACCUCCUAACUUAGUUCUCCUUUCUUCUUCCCUUCAUUCCAAUCUAUUACCUAUUGUGUUUUCUAGAACCACAAAAAUGCUUCAACACCAAAUAGUUCUGUCCCCUGCUAGGCUAGGCCUUGCAAAUCCUAACUCCCCAUCAAUUCCAAACCCUACCCCUCCAAAGCUCCCUCCAACACAUACUCAAGACCGCAACUCUUCAACCCCUUCUUCAGCUCUCUUGUCUCUCCUCCCACCCCUCCCCAGAGCCCAAGCACUUCUUGUCCAACUGGCUUCCUUAGCUUCCAAGCUCUUUGAAGUUUCCCCCAAUCGGUCCCUUUGGGUCACCGCCUUCCGUGGAUCCCUUCCAACUUUCCUCUCUUCCCAUUCGUCUACCCCACUCUGCGCUUCUUCUAAUGCCAAAGAAAUCAUCUCCCUUUUUACUGUUCUCCAAACCCAAAUCUUUGAAGCUGUUGCUGAACUCCAAGAAAUUCUUGACCUCCAAGAUGCCAAGCAAAAGAUUGACUGCGAAAUUCACUCCCAAGAUUCAACACUACUUUCAUUUGCCAACAAACUCAAAGAUGCUGAGAGCUGCCUCGACAUCCUUGUUGAUGAUUACUCUGAUUACCGCCGCUCCAAGCGACUGAAAUUUGGAGAUGAUGAUUCCAUGACUUCAUCAACUGUCUCGUCUCAGCUGAAGCUGUCAGAUAUAUUAUCAUACGCCCACCGGAUAAGUUACACCACCUUUGCACCACCAGAAUUCGGAGCUGGCCAAGCUCCUCUCCGUGGCGCACUGCCACCUGCACCACAAGAAGAGCAAAUGAGAGCUUCACAGUUGUAUAAUUUUGCUGACCUUGAUGUUGGAUUGCCUAAAGAAGUUGAAACCAAGGAGAAAAUUGUUGAAGCUAUUGUUGAGCCUCCACCACAGGUGGAUACUAAUGCAGUUCCGAAUUUGUCUGCAUUUCAAGGGAUGUUACCUCCGAUGCCACCUGGCUGGAAGCCGGGAAUGCCUGUGCAAUUACCUAUUGAUUUGCCACUGCCCCCACCUGGGUGGAAACCAGGGGAUCCUGUGCCGUUGCCUCCCAUGGACUCGCUUCAAAUACCGAGAUUUGCAGAGCAACAAAUACAACCUCACAUUCCUCAGCCCAAGCAACCAGAAGUUAUUCAAGUGCAGCCAGUUAAUCUGGACCUUGGAGGAAGUGAUACUAGUGAUUAUAGUAGUGAUGAUGCCAGCUCUGAUGACGAAGAUUGACAAGUUUGUGAAACUGAUCAAUCUCAAAUUGAUAACUCUACAGGAGGGCUAUAGAGAGAGAAAAGGACUAAGAAGGAUGAUCAGCUGGGGUUGGAAUUGAAGCAAUCCUAGACAUCUAGCUACAAUAAUGAAUUUGAGAAAAUAAUCCAUUGCCCGUCGAUAACCCACCAAGAUUUCAUUUACUUUUUUCGUCUAAACUCAGCCUGUAGAAGCUAAAUUUUUAACAAAUUGAUUCUGAUAUUUUUGUGUAUAUAUUGUUCUCAAUUCUUAUUAUUCCUGUAUUUUGUAGAGGUAGCUAUUGAGUUCAAUGUUUUGAUUAGAAACCUCUGAUUUAAAAGAAAAAUAGGUUCAUGGUUCUUCUA